CUGUCAAAAACAUACUCAUGUUCCAGCUGAUCCGGUCUAGUGUUUAUUUGUUUAUUUACAGUUAUUUUAAUAAAUUUAUGAGUUAAAAACGUGUUUCUUCUCAGUUUAUCAGCAUUAUUUGAGUAAUAUGAAGUUAACCUCUUCUUGUAAAAUAAAACUGCCGUAAUAAUUCAAGCUUCUGUGGUUAGGUUAGUACAUCACGCAAGAUGUUGGAUUGCCUUAUAAACAGCCGCGGUUGCGAUGAACGCCUCAUUUCGAUCCAACCAACGAUGUCGGAGGUUGCUAACGGAACCCCAGUUGAAAAAGAUACCUUUUUCGAUAUGGACGCCUGUUAUGAAACAUUCGACAAGGAUGGGGAUGGACAGUUGAACGUAGAGGAAUUCCGGCUUAUCUGCAAGGCGCUGUUCCGGAAUGACAAGGGACACAUCUACCCCUUAUCCGAAGAGAAGGUGCGGCACGUCUUCCAAGUGUUUGACAAGAACGGAGAUGGGUUCAUCGAUAAAGAGGAGUUCACGUUCUGCUGGAACCAUUGGAUUAAAGUGAUAGUGCGUCCGGUCAGCGCUUUCCUUAUAGUGGACGUGCAAAAUGACUUCAUAUCGGGAACACUGAAUAUCAGCAAAUGCAACGCUCAGCAGGAUGGCAGCGAGGUGGUGGAGCCAAUAAACCGUCUCCUAGACACCGUGCCGUUCGACUGCGUGUUCUACUCGCUGGACUGGCACCCGCCGGACCAUGUGUCCUUCAUCGACAAUGUGCACAUGCGGGAACUGGACCCGUCCAGCCCGGUGUCAGCGGACAAGGCGCAGGCGUACGACACGGUGGUGUUCGCGGGCCCGCCGCCCAUGAAGCAGCGGCUGUGGCCGCGCCACUGCGUGCAGGACUCGUGGGGCGCCGAGCUGCACAAGGACCUCAAGAUAGUAGAGAACGCGAUAAAAGUGUACAAAGGCACCAACCCCGAGGUGGACUCGUACUCCGUGUUCUGGGACAACAAGAAGCUCACCGAGACGAGCCUCAGCACGCAGCUGCGCCUGCGCGGCGCCACCGACAUCUACAUAUGCGGCAUCGCCUACGACGUGUGUGUGGGCGCGACGAUAGCGGACGCGCUGGGGAUCGGCUACCGCGCGGUGCUGGUGGAGGACGCGUGCCGCGGCGUCGACCUCGCCGACAUGCAGCGCACCAAGGGCGCCAUACUCGCCGGACACGGCCUCAUCGUCAGCUCGCAGGACGUGCUGGCAAUGGUGGAGGGCCGUGACAGGCGGCCAGAGCUUGGCUACAAACUGGCCAUGGAGCUCAAAAACGCUAUGGAAGACCAAUAGGUCAUAGGCCACACACGUCUGACUAUUUCCAAUUGACCAUAAUCCAUCCCUAGUUACGUAUAAUACGCGUGUGAAAGAGAAGCGUGAGAGUAACAGAGACAAAUAUGUGUUGCAGAACUCCGUCACUUUUGGUGUCUGAAAUUCCGGUAUUUUAGCUCAAAGCACGCUUUUAAAAGCUACACAUAGUUUUGAGUCCUGUCAUUGCUCCUCUGGCACACACAAAAAUGAAGAUUUACCGCAGUAGUCGGCUUUUCUAGACUUUUCUAGUAUCAGUGACUUCGAUCCUUGCAUAGACACAAAAAAUAAAUUAGAUUUUGAAAUAACAGCUAAAUAUUUAAGCUAGCUAGAACUGAUCAUAAAUAAUUUUAAUCACAAAAACUUUAUUUAACUUGAAACUUAUUUGUACGUUUUAUGAUUUAUUUAUUGUACUUUAAUUUCCCUACGUAUUGCGAAGAUGCUUUAUUAAAACAAAUCGCCCAUAAACAAUAGUUCCUUUCUGACUGGUGAUUCUCAUUAUUUAUUUAUUAACAUUUUUUAUGAUGUUUUAUUUAUUAUAGAUAAGUCAAAGUAGUACUUAAUUGUAACAGAGUACAAAUGUAGUUGAAAUAAUGUAAAAGCUUGAGAAUAGAUGUGACAAUAAUUGUGCUUUUGAGUUAUUUUUUCCAGUGAGUUAUUUAUUAUUUAUUAUAUACUUGUGAAUUAAUUGUUUAUUUUAAUGAUAUUGCAAAAGUAGUUGACCAUUCCAGAAAUCUCAAUUUGACUUCAUGACAAUUUUACUGCAAGCUGUUAAUUUAUUGUAAUUUUAUAUAAUUUAAGCUAUAUUAUGUACUUAUUUAGUUUUAAGCCAUUUUUCUAAAGUAAUUUUGUUAUACUUUAAGUAUAAAGAGCACGAAAGUUGCCAGUUGAUAUAACUACAAAAAAAAACUAUUGUUACACAGAGUUUUUUACGGAUUCAGUGUUGACACUGUAACAGUAAAGAUUAUCUUAAAGUUGAUAAUAGAUACGUUCUCAGUAUGUUUUUUUUAACAGAAUUACUUAUAUUUUCAUACAUUUCGAAUAGGUUUUAGCUACAUAAAAGUUUUUUAAAUACCUCGCAUAUUAUUCAACAAAAAAUAGAUCCUAGAACGUAGAACUUGCACUAGUAUUCGCAUUUAAAUAACUCAAACAAUCAAAAUAAUAUAAUACUAAACUGAAAGAAUCCUGUGUGAAUCUAAUGUGUGUAAUGUUGCAUGUACUCGUAAUUCUGUCUCUUUCUAUCACUCGAAGUACUGCAUUAGAGUGAGAUGGACUUAUUAACCAGAGAUAUGUACUGUACAUUUAAAAGAAUGCGAGUUGCUUCAAGCAAAUCUUGAUAGAUAACUAAUUAUCUCAUUAUCAUCUCACUCUAACAACGGCCAGUUUUAUGUGUCGGAAAGAGAUAAAUACGGGUAAAAAAGUAUAGGCAACAACUGUUAAAUGUGAAAAUUAAUGUAUAGCGCACUUCAAAUUUAGGCAUUCCUAUUAGAAAUAAUGUAACGGUUAGUGAGAUCAGAUUCCUAAUAAAUGGCGUGGAAAAUUUACAAUUUAUUUAAAUUUAUUCUUGAAGGGUUACUUAGGUAUUAUAGGUGAAAUGAUCAUUUUUAUCAUGGUUCAUGAAUAAAUAAUUUUAAUGUG